GCAGCCAUUUCGGUGUUUUUCCAAUUACAUCAUUAUACCCUAACCAAUAUGUCGUACACUACCGAAAAGAAGAUUUCGUCAGCACAUCAAUUUCGUGCACCUGGAAGCACAGUUUUGCCUGAAGAUGCCAAAGACUUAAAACUUGUUUAUUUCAAGUACAAGACAAAAAUACCUGUGGCUGGCAAAUUAAAGUUCAAUUUAAUAUUUUGCCAUGGUACGGGGUUCAAUAAAUCUGUGUGGACUUACUAUGUAAACAAAUUAUAUUCGCUCUGUCAAACGGGUUCGACCAGCUGGGCCAUUGACUCAGUAAUUUCAAUUGAUCAAAUUGGCCAUGGGGAUUCGAGUCUUGAAAACGAAGGGAAGUUGGGUCCUAUUGUAAGAUGGGAUGAAGGUGGUAAAGAUGUGAUUGAAGUUAUCAAACAUGAAAUUGCCACUACUGGCGAUUUCACUAAUGAUGUCAAUUCGCGUAAUGUUGUCAUUGGCCAUUCCAUGGGUGGAUUCAAUGCACUUUAUGCCAGCUUCUACGAACCAACAUUAAUAGAUGCAUGUGUUCCUAUUGAACCCGUUAUCUAUGGAGAAGCUGGUGGGUUGGACAAGUUCAAGAAAAUCUUUGGGAAAAUCGCAAAGAUUAUGAUUGACAAAUUUGAAGAUAUGCAAGAAGUUGAAUUCUUUUUUAAAGAAUUCUCAUUCUAUAAGAAUUUCCAUCCUCAGGUAUUGCAGGAUUUCAUGGAAGAUGAAAUUGUAGCUGAAGUUGAUCCAGUCACUAAGGAAAAAAAGUAUAGACUCAAAUGUAAAAUCAACAAUCAAAUGUCGGCCUAUCUCGGGGCAUUCAUGUCCAUUGCUAUAGGGAUGCACAUUUUAAGUUUAAUCCGAGUUCCAAUUUUCCAUGUAAUUGGUAAAAAGGCCGUGUGGAAUCCUCCUAAUAGUAUUCCAUGGAUUAGAUCAACUAUUAAUCCUGAAUUCUUGGGUGAAUCCUUUGAUAUUCCACAAGGAGAACAUUUAGUCAACGGAGAGCGACCAGAUGAAGUUAUUUCUAUUAUAGCAAAAGUGCUCGAGACAAGAGCGGAGAAAUUCCCAGCUGAAGCCAAGAGGAUUCCUGCUAGUUCUGGAUCAACCAGGGAUCAAAUUGCCGAAGAUCAAUUUCAAAAAUUACUUGAUAUGAAGUUUGAAGAGGUCUAUGGGUAUUUCAUUGAGCAAAGAGAUCCCCGUGAAGGUGCAGCUCUGAAGUUGUAGACAUUUGGGUUAGUUGUAUAGCUUUAAGUAGCACACGAAGGAACCUACAAUAUUCCUGCAU